ACUUACAUUUCACAACACUAAAGUGCAUCUCGUAAUUCAUAGAAAACGAAUUAAAUUCUAACCGAACAAGAUUUUGGCAAAUAUGUAUAAACAAAAUGAUUAUUAAGAACUUUUGCAAGUUUACACAAUAUAUGACACGCUUGCGUGCUCGACCCCUAUCCCGAGACUCUUGUCACACGGUGCCAUUUAGUAGAAGCGCUGAUUUGUCCAAAUGGGACACAGGAACCGGGACAGUAUUUGGGAUAAGAUCAUCAUUGAUCCUCUGUCGAGCAAACCGAAAACAACAGUAUGAACAUUCGAAAUCACCGCCACCUCUAGGCACAGGUGCAGCACUGGCAUUCUCUGCAGCCUUCACCUUUAGUUUGUUUGGCGAUUCUGAUAAGGAUAAAGAAGAGACACCUGAAGAGAAACUGAUCCAUCUAAUCAAACGCUCCAUACUUUGUAUACAAAGAGAUCAAUUUGACAAGGCCGAACAGAUGUUGCAUCUCGCCCUGCGUAUGGCCCAAGAUAUACAAAGCAAAGACGGAAUCACAUAUGUGUAUGAUAUAAUGGCCAACUUGGCCAUGGAGCGAGAGCAAUUCAAAAAGGCUGAGAAAAUCUUUGCGGAUGUCAUGAAACGUUUGUUUGCCGAUGGACACACAGAGGAUAGUCCUAAGAUUUUACACAUAAGCUCUAAAAUCGCACAUAUGUCACAAUUGCAAGGCGAAUUGGAAAAAAGCUAUCAAGGAUUUACAUGGACCUUACAGCGGUUAAGCAAAUUGCUGGAGAAUAUGCCACAGGAAAAGGACAAAGACAUAAAGGAGCUAUACGGUCUGACAAAGAAUUGGUUUGGACAAUUGCUAAUGAAACAAGGCAAAUAUAAAGAGGCUAAAAAUCUCUUCAAAGAGGCCUAUGAUAUACUAAUAGAAGUAUAUGGAUCUGUUAAUGAAGCCUCAUUGACCAUUUUGAAUAAUAUUAGUGUGGCCUAUGUCAAUCUGGAAAAUUAUGCCGAAGCCAAGGAAACUCUGUUGCUAGCCAUGUCUCUGGCAAAAGAGCUAAAAGAUGUAACACAAGAGGGCAUACUUCAAGCAAAUUUAGGCCUCGUUUAUCUUCGAGAGGGUCUAAUGAAACAAGCUGAAGCUGCUUGUAAAUUGGCUUGGAAAUUGGGUAAAAAACAUCAGAACUCUGAUGCCAUUGAGCAGGCCGAAUAUUGCCUUAAUGAGAUCAAAAGCUCUAUGAACGGUUGAAAUUACUCCUACUAACACCACCAAAAAUAAAAAAAAAACUUGCACAAAGUCAAA